AUGGUCCGUGAGUAAGGAAAUCAGCGAGAACUUAACCACUAGAGAAAUGUGAAGAAAUACCAGGAAAUCAGCAAGCGGAAAAGAAAAGAAGAUAUCUUAACCACCUCUCAGAGAAAGCAGAUGGACUCUGAGAUAAUACAAAAAAAGCAGAAGGUAGCUCAUGAGAAGUCUAUGCAGACAAGAGAAAAAUGA